CGCAUGCGCCAUACCUCUUUGUGGCCCUUGUCUUCUUUGGUGGUUGUCUGGUCUUCAGGGACCUGUUCCAGCAGUAAAUCCAAGGAUAGCACUGUUAGGCAAAUACACAAUUUCUCAUUUUACAUAUUUUGUUAACCUCCACUCUGCAUAGCUUGUCGCUGACACACAUUUUCAGACACAGGCGCUGUACAGCCAGGGCGUCGACUGACCAUCAAGCAGAGAGCAUCCAUUCAUCCUUUCAUUGGCAGCUGAGGUUUUCAGUCUAGCUAGCUAGCGUUAGCCGAAAGGCAGGUGGCAGCUGUGUCAGAGGGAGCUACAAAAUGUCCGGUUACCAAGGAAAGAAGAACAUCCCACGAAUUACAAGCGACCGUCUCCUCAUCAAAGGAGCGAAAAUAGUCAAUGAUGAUCAGUCCUUCUUGGCUGAUAUCUACAUGGAGGAUGGAGUCAUCAAGCAAAUAGGAGACAACCUCAUUGUUCCAGGUGGAGUUAAGAUCAUAGAGGCUCAUGGAAGAAUGGUGAUGCCUGGGGGUAUUGAUGUGCACACCCGAUUCCAGAUGCCUGACCGAGGCAUGGUGGCAGCAGAUGACUUCUACCAGGGCACCCGGGCGGCCCUGGCUGGGGGCACAACCAUGAUCAUUGACCAUGUGUUGCCAGAGCCUGGUGCCAGCCUUGUAGCUGCUUUCAAACAGUGGAGGGAGUGGGCUGAUAGCAAGUCCUGUUGUGACUAUUCCCUGCAUGUGGACAUUACUGAGUGGAAUACAGGCACCCAAGAAGAGAUGGACACAUUAGUGAAGGAUCAUGGUGUCAACUCUUUCCUGGUGUAUUUGGCUUACAAGGAUGUUUUCCAACUUUCUGAUUCCCAGAUCUAUGAGGUUUUCAGUGUCAUCAGAGAUCUCGGAGCCAUUGCACAGGUGCAUGCUGAGAAUGGAGACAUUGUUGCAGAGGAGCAGAGACGUAUAUUAGAGCUUGGAAUCACUGGCCCUGAGGGUCAUGUGCUCAGCCGUCCAGAAGAGGUGGAGGCCGAGGCCGUCAAUCGCUCUGUCACUAUAGCCAAUCAGACCAACUGCCCCCUCUACAUUACCAAGGUGAUGAGCAAAAGUGCUGCUGAUGUCAUUGCUCUUGCUAGGAAAAGGGGUGCUGUGGUUUAUGGGGAGCCCAUAUCUGCCAGCUUGGGCACAGACGGUACCCAUUACUGGAGUAAGAACUGGGCCAAGGCAGCAUCUUUUGUCACCUCUCCACCGCUCAGUCCUGAUCCCACCACCCCUGAUUACCUCAACUCUCUGCUGUCAUGUGGGGACUUGCAGGUGACUGGUAGUGCUCACUGCACUUUCCAGACUUCUCAGCGUGCUGUGGGCAAAGAUAACUUCACCAUGAUUCCAGAGGGCACCAAUGGCACUGAAGAGAGGAUGUCCCUAAUCUGGGACAAAUGUGUGGUGGCGGGUAAGAUGGAUGAAAAUCAGUUUGUGGCAGUGACCAGCACAAACGCAGCCAAGAUCUUCAACCUGUAUCCCCGCAAAGGCCGUAUUGCUGUGGGGUCUGAUGCUGAUCUUGUGUUGUGGGAUCCUGACAUGACGAAGAUCAUCUCAGCAAAGAGCCACAACCUGUCUGUUGAGUAUAACAUCUUUGAGGGGGCAGAAGUGUGUGGAGGUCCUCUGGUGGUGAUCAGCCAGGGCAAGAUUGUGUUGGAAGACGGCAGCCUUCACACUACAGAGGGGUGUGGGCGCUAUAUCAGCCGUAAACCUUUCCCAGACCACGUGUAUAAGAGGAUAAAAGCUCGCAGCAUGCUCACAGAGCUGCGAGGAGUUCCCAGAGGCCAGUAUGACGGGCCUGUGUGUGAAGUGACUGCAACUCCCAAGGUGAUAUCAACAGUUUCCUCAGUGAAGACUUCUCCUGCCAAGCAGCAGCAGCAACAACAACAACAACAACAGCAGCAGUUUACUCACCAGCCAGUGCGUAACCUCCACCAGUCUGGCUUCAGUCUGUCUGGUGCCCAAAUUGAUGACAACGUUCCUCGUCGCACCACUCAACGCAUCGUCGCUCCCCCUGGUGGAAAAGCCAACAUUACCAGUCUUGGCUAAGCUAAUUCCUCAACUGAGCCCGGGGUGUAGGGUGGGAUGAGACCAGAGGCCACAAACACCAACGUCACAUCACAUCUCUCAGCAUCUCUGACUCCCCUUGCACCCCUUAUGUCCAUUUCUAUUCAAACACUACCACCAUGUCACCUCAUGAAAGAAAGAAGAAAAGCACUGUUCCAAAUUGUUCCAUCUUUCCUGCCAUAUUCCAGUGUCAAGGAAUGAUCAAGUGAAUUGAAGCAGCUUUUUUCGCUGUUUGUUUGUUCAGUUUUAUUAUUGAUUAAUUUGUUUACAUUUUUUAAAAUGUUUAUUGUACAUGUUUUAGCUCUUAGCUGUCCCUGUUGGAUCAGAAAACUGGAUGAGAACUCAUCAGGAGAGACGGUUGUUUACGGUUUUUCUCUCUUCUUUUUUCCCAGAUAGUCAAAUGUUUUGGAGGUCUUGUAUCGCACAACCACUGUUAGCUGAAAGUAAAUCUAUUGCUGAUAAACUUUAACAGGGAUGUUUUAGUGCAAAUGUUGCUAUAUAGUUAAUACAAAAUUUUCAGUCUUCAUUAAAGAUUAGACCUCAGAAUAAUGUUCUGGAAUCUCUUAAGAGCUUUGAAUUUUUAUUUGAAGUUUGCAGUAUUUGGUUUUUGAUUUUUUUUUGUACUCAGCUGAGCAAUUCACCCAUGACUUCCUUUCAUACUAUAGUUGCACUUUCUUCUUUUUUUUUUUGUUUUGUUUCAUGGUCAUUGUUUCAAGGUCAUUUCUGAAAAGCGCUAACUGCACUGAAAGGAAAAUAAAGGGUAUUUCAGGGUUAAACCACUCAUUCAGCAUGCCCCUGAAACUUGUCUGGCUCAUGACAUUUUGUUGGAAAAUCAUGAACCUUUUCCCUUGUUUCAUCAUUGUGUUUUUUCUUCGUGUUUUUUGAAAGGUUGUCAGGGUAACAAGCCUCCAAUAAUCAGACCAGCGUUUGUCAUUCAGAUAACAGAUGGAUGCUACAAUGAUGUUUGAUAGGAGCAUUUUGCCGACAACCUCUCUGCACCUGGUGCUAUCUGACCUUUGCUGCAUAUGAGCAGAUGAUGUCUGCAUCCAAGCAGCAGACAUGUAAGCUUUGUAGUAAAUAGCAGCCAGGGUAGAGUCUGCAUUUACCCAGUUUUCACUGAAAUUGUUUUGCACCUGUAACAAUCCAAAUGGUAAACGUGUAUGUGAGCUUGCAACUUUGAAUUUGUAUUGGAUAUGUUUUAGGAUAUAUGUUGACUUAUUGCCUGCCUGUUGUGUAAGAUUUUGAUAGCACACUGUAUCUAUGAAGGCUCUUUAAAGAAGUGAAAUGAUGAAUUUGGAGACCUGAUUAAAAAAAAAAUUUCUGUAUGUAUAUGAAGUCCCUCACAGUGUGCUGAUGAUGUGUCCACUGUUCUUGGUGUUAGUAUUGUGAAUGAAGUACCAGAUACUGUAUAUCGUACCCAUACCUCUCUAUUUGCCCAGUCUCAUAAACACCAGAUUCACUUAAGGUAGUUAUUGUAUUCACUAAACUAUCGCAAGUUGUCAGUGCAACCACGCGCAAAACACCAGAUCAUUUCUUCCUCAUUGCCUCGUCAAGUGUAGGUUUUGUAUGCAAAGGUUACAAUGUGAUUAACUUUUGGGGAACAUCCUUGGAAAUGGUUAUAGAGUUGUAAUGUUGAGCACUGUUGUUUGCCCUCUUCCACUUUGUGCGAUACUCUUGCUCAUGUAUGUUUUGUAGGAUACCAGAAUUUGGGGGGGGGAAUCAUCAGUCCUGUCAGCAUUUGACCUUCUGUGUUGACUUCAGUGGAUUAAAAUAAUAAAAAUUAAA